AUAGUACGUUUUAGGUUGCACGUGUGCGGUAUUGUGCAGUUUUGUUUUGCUUCAUGAGCUUGAUUUAAUUUAUCCCAAAACUCGAACUAAAACAAUGGUGGCCAAGGGCAAAAAGGCCAGUGCCGAUGCGGUUUACGCCAAAAAGACGGUGAAAUCGGCCAAUCCCUUCGACAACUCGUCGGCGCAGACGAGUAAGCGUGGACAGAACCAGAAUCCCUUCGAUGUGCACGUCAACAAGGAAAAGUUCAAGAUUCUGGGCAGGAUCUGCAAGCAUGACAGGGGAAUGCCGGGCGUGUCGCGGGCCAAGGCUCUGCAGAAGCGUGCCCAAACACUGGGUCAGCAGUUCGCCGUGAAGCACAAGACCAACCGGUUUAAGGACAACCGAAUUGGCAAGCAUUUAAGCGGCGAUCAGCUCACGGAAUCCGUGAUGAACGCCCGCUAUCUGGCCGAAAAGAUGUCCCAGGUGCGCUCCAACCAGAAGGCGGAGAAGUUCAACCUCAACGACGACGAACUGCUGACCCACAGGGGCCAAACUCUGGAAGAGAUCGAGCAGUACAGGGACGAGCGGUCCGAUGACGAGGAGCUAGACGACGAAGCCCUAGAUGCCGACUUCACAUCUGCUGCUCACUUUGGAGGCGAUGGCGACACCGCCCAAGAUCGGCAGUCAGCCAUCGAUGAGAUGAUCGUCGAGCAGAAACGCCGCAAGAACGAAAUCGCAAAGGAGAAGGACGAGGUGUACGAUCUCACCGAGAAACUGGAUGCCAACUACAAGCUCCUGCUGCCGCUGGUGGCCAAGGCCACCAAAGAUGAGCAGGACGCCAAGCCGCCACCAGAUGCCUACGACAAACUGCUCAAGGAGAUGAUCUUCGAGCCGCGCGGCAGUGUCACGGAUAAGCUAAUCAAUCCCGAUGAGUUGGCCAAACAGGAGGCGGCUCGUCUGGAGAAGCUGGAAAACGAGCGACUGCGACGCAUGCGGGCCGAUGGUGAGGAGGAUGAGCAGGCCUCCGUUUCACAGCCCAAACAUCGUUCAGCGGAUGACCUGGACGAUGGGUACUUCUUGGCUGGCGACGAUGAUGCCGAAGAUGAUACCCUGGCCUACGACUUGGAGGGCAAUCUGGGCACACAUCUCAAUGGGAAAAAAGAAGCCAAGAAGGAGGAUGAGGAGGAAGAUGGUGAAGAGGGCGACGAAGAGGAGGAGGAGGACUCCGAUGAGGAGAGCGAUUCGGACGUCGAUAAUCUGAGUGAUCUCAAGGAAUCCGAGAGUGAAUCCGAGGCAGAGGAAACUCCUCAAAUCAGCAAAAAGAAAGCAAAGAAAUCGGAACAAACUCCUGCCUCGUUAGAUACCAGUAUACCUUUCACCAUCAAAAUGCCCAAGUCUUACGAAGACUUCACUGAACUCCUUGCCAAACACGCUGCUCCCCAGCAGGCCACCAUAAUCGAAAGGAUCAUUAAAUGCAAUCAUCCCAAACUGGAAGGCGUGAAUCGUGAAAAUGUGGUCAAGUUGUACUCGUUCCUGCUCCAGUAUAUCAAGGAUUUGUUUGAGGAUGCCAGCGAGCUGGACAUACGUGAACAUUUUCAACUGCUCUCAAAGUUUAUGCCACAUUUGUAUGAGCUGACGCAAUUGAAUCCCGAACGAAUGUCCAAUACAUUACUGGAAGUGAUCAAAGAGAAGUAUGGGGAGUUCAGGAAAAACCACAAGUUGUAUCCUUCGCUAGAGAUACUGGUUUACUUCAAACUGGUGGCCAACAUAUACUCCACAUCAGAUUUCCGUCAUCCGGUGGCCACGCCUUGCUUUGUUUUCAUGCAGCACAUCCUGUCCAGAUCGCGAGUGCGAACGCGUCAGGAAAUAUCAAUGGGUCUCUUUCUGGUCACCGUGGUCUUGGAGUUUGUGUCGCAAUCCAAAAGAGUUCUCCCAGCUGUUUUUAACUUCCUGCAAGGCAUUCUACACAUGUCCAUACCCAAGCGGGAUGUGGAGCAACUCGAUAUCACGCCACCCUUUGAGCGGGAUGGACCUUUGAGCAAACUCCUGGCACUCCCAGCAAAUAAGGAAUGCCAGAAACUGGAGCCCCAACAGCUUCAGGCUGCGGACUUGGUCACCCAAACAGUCACUCCAGACUUCAAGGUUCGGGCACUGGACACAACUCUCCUGCUGAUCAAGGAAGCUCUUCAGCUGGUGGAGGAGCAUGUGGGUGCCUGCUACUUGGCCAAGCCCUUCCUGAGGUUACUCGCCCGCCUGCCACUUGACUCGUAUCCCGACCAUGUGCAUCUGCACCACAAGGAAGCAACCCAACUGGCCGAAAGGCUGGCUGAGCAGAAGAUGAAACCCCUGGCUCCGGCGGAAAGGAAGCCCAAGGCUCUCAGGCUGCUGGAACCGCGGUUUGAGGCGGUUUACGACGACAAGCGGCGGCCCAAGAUGUCCAAGGCCAAGGAAGAGCGGGCCAAGCUGCUGCACAAGAUUAAGCGCGAGAAGAAGGGCGCCAUCCGUGAGAUCCGCAGAGAUACUGCCUUCGUUCAGGAGCUCAAGCUCAAGCAGACGCUGCGAAGCGACAAGGAGCGCCACGAGAAAGUCAAACGCAUCUACCAGGAGGCAUCUAUGCAGCAGGGCGAGCUCAACGAGUUGGCCCGUGCCAAAAAGAAGAAGAAGUUCUAGAUGUGCUCCAACUAGGUUGAUGUUGAAUUAGAUUUUAGCUAGACUUUACACUAAAACUGAGAGUAAAGAGCAGCGCAUUGCAGCUUCUAUUUUAAUAACACAAA